AUGCAAGAUAUUCUAGCCUCACUGUAUGAAGAAAAGAAGCACGUUAAUGUUGACUGCACGUCUUCCCUAAGGACCGCAGACGACUCGCGGGACGUCAUACAUCGCCUUCGAAACCAGCAAAAACCCGACAUUUGCUAUAUCACUCCCGAAAAGCUACGCGAGAGCAAUGCCAUGCAAGAUAUUCUAGCCCAACUGUAUGAAGACGAGCAAAUCGCGUGCUUUCUCAUUGAUGAGGCACAUGUCACUCAGCCGGGGGGGAUUUUCGCGAUGCUGUAA